AUGCAGCUCAGGUUGCCGCACAUGUCCACCAUGGGUCUCUUCGUGCCCGACACGCGAUACCUACACUUCUCCCUCCGCAUACCGGACUUCCUGAAAGCCCGGUUCGGCGGGGGGCCGCCCUACGAUCAUGAAUGGGGUCCGGUGGGGUACAACACUAGCACGUUGAUCUAUUAUCAGAUGCGUGAGCAUUUUUACCGCAAGGUGGUCAUCUCGACGUCCCCGCUCCCCAGCAGCUAUGCCGUGAUGCUCAUCAUGGAACAUAAGAUCGGCGCACCGGCCUUCGCCACGGCGAAGCACCCUGUGUGGAGGCUGGCACCCUCGCGUGAAGGCGUCGAGGACGCCAUCCACCAUGACGGCCGGUUCUACUCCGUCUCCUACUCAGGCCUGGUGGAGGCGUGGGAGCGCAAUGCGGUGUCCGGCGUGUACACUAGCACGGCCGUCGCGCCACGGCUGGCCCUUGGGAAAAACGAAGAAGGCAGCUCGUCGUCGUGCCGCAAGUACCUCGCGGCGGCGCCCGGAGGGCGGCUGAUGGUGGUGCUCAAGUACCUCGAGGUGAUCAAGGAGCAGAACGGCCAGGGCAGACGGCCGUGCUCCUUCAAGGUGCAUGCCCUCAGCGACCAAGGGCAGUGGAAGGAGGCGACGGACAUCGGCAACGUCGCGCUGUUCGUCGGGGUGAACAACUCGCUGUGCUUGCCGAUGAUGGAGCGCCCGGAGAUCAAGGCCAGCUGCGUCUACUACACUGACAACGAGCUCGGCAACAGAUCGACGUACGAUGGCGAUGGCGGUCGCGGUGAGUCGGAUCUUCAGGCUGUCGGGGUGUACAGCCUCAAGGACGGCACGAUGAAGAAAAUCUGGGAUCUCGGAGAGCAGGUCCGAAACUUUUACCCGCCGCCGGUUUGGAUAUUACCUUCCAAGUACUAA